CAAAAUAGUGGUGAAACCAAUGGAAAACCUUUUCAAUUUAUACGAAUUCAUGAAAAUAUUGUCAUAUUUUUCGGAAUUCUAUUCACAAAACCCAUUGCAAAGAGUGAAUGCACUGGACUUCACAUUCUCUUGUCAUCAACUGUUGGAAAGGGGUAGCAAUGAAGAGACCGUUUUCGGCACCGGAGGUAAACUCCUGCAGUCACUGAUGAGACUCAUGAAAAACUUAAGCGGCCUACAAUACCUGUCCCUACGGGAGCUACUCCUGGAGCCCAACGAAGCUCAAUACCUAUUGGACGACGUGGCCAUCAAUUGUUGUCAAACUCUAUUGACAUUAAAAGUGCUCAACUGCUCCAAACAGCCCUACCCUAUACUACAUGUCGGUGUGUUCAUUAACUUAAAGACCCUGGUCAUUUCUCCACAG